CAGCCAAUCAGAAGAAGGCAUGAAACAAACCACGAGCUGAGAGUUUUUACACAACAGUCGGAUUUGUCCCAUUGUCAAUAGUGUGACGUGCCAGAAAAUAGUUUGUAUAGUGUCGUUAUUUAAUUUCAGAUUCAUAAUCAUACUAUUUAGCUCAACCUAUCUCUCACAGGAAGUAUACAGAUAUUUGGGAGAAAGCAGAUUUGAGCAUUACCCGGAGUAAACCUGAAAGCACAGCAAUGAGUGACCCAGAGCCAGCAACAUUUGCAUCUGUUGAACAAGAGAGGGACUACUGGAAGGAACAGGCUGCCAAAUACCAGCAAAGGGCUGAGGAGGCGCAGGAGGAGCUGCAGGAGUUUCAGCAGAUGAGUCGAGACUAUGAGGAGGAGCUGGAGACAGAGCUGAAGCAGUGUGAUGCCCGUUAUCGUGAGCUUCUUACGACCAGCAACAGACUCCGCAUGGAAUUAGAAAACUACAAGGAGAAGUAUGAAACGCAGCACUCUGAAGCAGUCAGGCAGAUUUCGACUCUAGAAGGAGACCUGGCAGAGACCACAGCCAUCAAAGACCAACUGCACAAGUAUAUCCGGGAGUUAGAGCAAGCUAACGAUGACCUGGAGAGAGCUAAGAGGGCGACUAUAAUGUCACUUGAGGACUUUGAGCAGAGAAUGAAUCAUGUUAUAGAGAGAAAUGCCUUCCUUGAGAAUGAGCUUGAUGAAAAAGAAAAUCUUCUAGAAUCAGUACAGAGAUUAAAAGAUGAAGCCAGAGAUUUAAGACAUGAACUUGCUGUUCAGCAGAAACAGGAGCGCAAGACCUCAAUCAGCCUUUCUAAAGAUGUAGAGACGCCAGAGACCACACCCUCCAGACCCUCCUCUGUUCUUACCUCCGCUCUCCCAUCACUCCAUCCCACACCCUCCAGACCUCCAUGCUCAGGGAGUGCAUUUAACACCCCCUCAGCUUCCUACAGCAGAAUUGAAGGCCUAACUGGAACUCCUCUCACCACAUCUGCACGUAUAUCUGCCCUUAACAUCGUUGGAGAACUGUUGAGGAAAGUUGGGAACCUUGAAUCAAAGCUAGCAUCGUGCAGAGAGUUAAACAUCCAUGAGAAAACACCCAGACGUGCCGCGAUUGGCCAGGGUACACCGAACGUUUCACGGGAAACCCCUGAAAUCCCAUCCAGCACAAAUGGCUUGUAUGAUAAGGGGAUGGUGAAAAGGUUGGACUUUGGAACAGGACCCAAGAUAAUGCUGUGAAUAACGCACUAUUCGCUUCCAGUGCACAUGCAUGUCUUUUGCUCUCACAUCAUUGGGAAUGCAAGUACUCCUUAUCCAUUAAUAUGGAAAUGCUUUAUUUUCAGGAGCUGAAUCAUAUCUUAUGCCCCAAGUCUUCCACUAUCUGAGAAGGUUCUGCUUUUACAUUCAUAUCAUAUCAUAUCGUAUCAUAUCAUAUCACAUCAUAUCAUAUAUCAUAUA